AUGGAGUAUGGAGAGGAGUUGGAAAGGUGGGUUACGAUUUACUCUCUCAAAGCUCUAACAUGGGAUGAGGCACGGAAACUUUUCUGUCAUAAGGCCUUCCGAGGAAAUGAAUGCCCUGAACACUUGGUUAGCUGUUCUCAGCGUAUCUUAACAAGGUGUGACGGAUUCCCAUCAAUAAUAAUUGCUGCAGCUAGCCUUUUGGCCAAUAAGCCGCAAACUACAUCAGAAUUUGAGAAAUUGCCUGAUAGCUUAGGUCAUGAGCUAGGAAGCAGUGACCAUUUAUCAGUCCUGCGAAAGAUAUUACUACAAAGUUACUUCAACCUUUCCUAUAAUCUCAGACGCUGCUUCUUGUACUUUUGCAAUUUCCCAGAGGAUCGUUCGGUGACACGUGGAAGACUGGCUCGGUUGUGGAUAGCUGAACAGUUUGUUAAGGAGGUAUAA